GACGGGGAGAGUGAAGUGACAGCCGCGCCUGAGUGCAGAAGAGGUUAAACUCCGGGAGUCGGAAAAGCGAGUUUUCCGCCUGUUACUGUUUGUGAAGUUAGUUUGUUCCUGUUCUGUAGGUGGAUGGCCGAUGACAAGAAAUAGGAGUUUUUUAAGCAAAACGUCGUCCAACCCUUGCGCAUGGUCACCAGCCCUCCCUUGCAAAAGUGUGCCAGCAUUGUCAAGCAUGUCAAUGUAACAUUUAGAGUCACUCUUUGCCAACCUCUUGCAAGUAGAAGCGGCUGUAACAGCAUGUCAGGGUGCCAAUUUGAAGGUCCCACAAAUGUAUUGUCUUUGCUAAUCUAUUGUACAGUAGACAACAGUUUAAUGCUGACUUUGGAGAACGCCAAUAGCGAUCACUGGAUGCCAUCCGUCAAAGCCGACACAAAUGUGAGUUGGGCCCGAUUAAUUGGCAAAGAAGCUCAAGAGAUAGUUGGAUGCAAAUCCCCAGUGAAGCUGCUACGUCUAAACAAAAUCUGGUAUCCGGGAGCAGAGAGAUGCAUUACGUACUACCACUGCGUGUUCCAGUUGAACGUGGACCUGCCUACUAAAAACAAGACGAAAAACACCAUGGGCAAAUAUCGGGGGAAAAUUCGUUGGAUUGCCGAGUCCGACCUGUUGGGUCUUCUGCAGAGCAACAGCUUGAAAUCGCCGGAACUACUAGAACUCUACCAGUUGACCACGGAGGCGGAAUUGGCCAACUUGAACAUAGAUCCGCCCGACGACAUGAUUUUCUCGAAAAAUGUGUGCGAAAUCACUGACGAGAUAUUGGUGUCGGGCAAAGCUACGAACUUUCAGCAACUCGUCGAGGCCUCAGGAAUCGAUAAGUUAGUACAAGAAGACAUAUACAAGAGCAUUUUCAUUGCUCUGUGCUUUCCGGCAACGUACAUGAAUUUGAGAGCAUUUUCCAAGUUCAUUUCCGAAGUGGGGUGGCCCAAGCCCCUGGCCCCGUACCUUUUCAGGUGCGCGGACUUGGCCAACCGAUACGGCUUGUCCUUUCGAGAGCUGCUCUAUUUCCUUGCGUCAGUCGACCCCAAUACUGGUCAUGGAGGCACAGCUGCCGAGCUACGAUGCAGAUACAUGUUCAAGUAUUACGACCGGGAUAGAGACAACGUCUGGAAAUCCGAGGAGUUCAAGCACUUGAUCUUGGACCUACGAAAGUCGAAAAAGCUGCCAAUAGAUGCGACCAACGUGGUCAAAGAGACGCAAGAGACGUAUAAGGCGAUGGCAAUUACGGACUCUCAAACCAUCAACGUGAACGAUUUUCUGAGAGCGGUUUGCGACUUGAAAAUCCGAGGAACGUCGCAUAUUUUCCGGUCCGGGAUCAGUAUCGUAAAAUACUUGAAGGACAUGGGGGACAACAAGGACAAAUCGUCGCUGCUGGAUGCUUCUUAUGCGCUGCCCAAACCGCCUGGCACAGUUAACGGCACUGUGGCCGAAAGCCCCCGAGGAAAAAUGACGUUAAAAAAUACUGACUACGAAAUUGCCGUUCAUACUGUGAAGAUUCAAAGAAGCGGCCAGGCCAUCAAUAUUGAUGAAAUGAAAGAGAUCCAAGAAGCGGUGUCAGCUACCACACUGAAACAGCCAAUCAACGAAUACAACAAAAGAACGUCGUUGGACAUUUUCAGUCAGCGCUCAGUGUCGAACGAGGUGCUCAAGGGGCUGAGGUACCUCACCACUAUCAAUAAUAUCAAAGACACGAAAACGUCCUACACUUGGGGCCAAUUAGACCCGCCUACCUAUGCAAGAAAUCUGAUCCAAGUGUGCAACCAAGUGAGGGAGAUUUUCCGAAACGAGCCCAGACUGUUGGAGCUCAGCUCUCCGGUCUACAUUAUGGGAGAUCUUCAUGGAAACGUCGCUGAUCUUCUCUACUUUGAACGAACUCUAUGGCAUAUCGGCCCGGGGCUCAGCCCUUGCAACUUGCUGUUUCUGGGCGACUACGUGGAUCGCGGGUCUUUUAGUAUCGAGGUGAUUUCUUAUCUGCUCUCCUACAAGUUGCAAAGUCCAAACAAGGUGAACUUGCUGAGAGGUAACCACGAAAUCAGGGAGGUACAGAAAAUGUUCACAUUUUACAAGGAGUGCUGCUUAAAAUUGGGGGAAAAACUGGGUACGGAGGUUUGGAAUGCUGCUAAUAACGCGUUUGAUACAAUGCCCAUUGCGGCUACAGUCGAUGGAAAGAUAUUUUGUUGUCAUGGCGGAGCGCCUCCUCCAUGGUUGUGCCCAGUGAUAACAGCCAUCAACGACAUCCCAACUGUGCUUAGUCAGCCAGACAAUCAGAGUUCUUUGGCUUGGGAGCUGAUGUGGAAUGAUCCGGUCAGGCCAAAAACCGUGAAUGAUAAACUCGCAAUGGAACUGCUGGCCAAUGAGGGAUUUGCCGUGAACACCAGACGUGGUACCGCUCAUAUUUUUAGUGUUGAAGCAUUGGAACGGUUCCUAAAAGCCAAUCAGCUCACCCAUUUGGUACGAGCUCACGAAGUGGCGCAAGCCGGCUUUCAAGUUCAGCAAAAAGGCAGACUACUAACGGUGUUCUCGUCAUCCAAAUAUUGCGGAGGUAAUAACGAUGCGGCCUGUAUUAUGGCUGAUCAAGGAAAACUGCGAAUUUUGCGACUCGAAACUGAAUAAAGCCUAGAAAACAAUUGCCGUGAAUAAUUUGUUUUCGUGAAACUUUGAAAAUGAACAAUAAAUGAUGGUUUUGCUAAACUUAAA